AUGAAGGAGAAGCUGAACGAACAUGUGUUGGCAACACUAAGCAAAAGCAAUCACCUGAACCAUUUGAAGCAACUACAAGCCUACCUCAUAACAUUUGGUCACUCCCACACCAACUUCUACGCCUUCAAACUCGUUCGUUUCUGUGCUCUCACUCUCUCCAACCUCGCCUACGCUCGCCUCAUCUUCGAUCACCUUCACUCUCCCAACAUCUAUCUCUACACAGCCAUCAUCACCGCUUAUGCUUCUCACCCCAACACUCACCCUUCUGCUUUUGCCCUUUUCCGCCACAUGCUCUCUCUUUCUACCCCUCGCCCCAACCACUUCAUCUACCCCCAUGUCCUCAAAACUUGCUCUGACUCAUGUUCCACCGGUUUGGUGCAUACCCAGAUAUUAAAAUCCGGUUUUGAUCAAUACCCUGUUGUGCAAACGGCUCUUGUCGAUUCGUACUCGAGGGUUUUUGGUGGUUUGGGAAGUGCAAGGAACGUGUUUGAUGAAAUGUCUGAGAGAAAUGUUGUGUCUUAUACUGCUAUGGUUUCUGGGUAUGUGAGAGUUGGGGAUUUUAAUAAUGCUGUGAGGUUGUUUGAUGAAAUGCCCGAGAGGGAUGUGCCGUCUUGGAAUGCUCUCAUUGCUGGGUGUACUCAGAAUGGGUUUUUCUACGAGGGAAUUGGGUUGUUUAGGAAAAUGGUUGUUCUUGCUGGGGAGAGAAGGGGUCAGGGUAACAAGCCGAACCAGGUUACUGUGGUUUGCACGCUCUCGGCUUGUGGUCACACAGGUAUGCUUCAGCUUGGGAGAUGGAUACAUGGUUAUGUUUACAGGACUGGUUUUGUGCUUGACUCGUUUGUGUUGAAUGCUCUUGUGGAUAUGUAUGGGAAAUGUGGUAACCUUGAGCAGGCAAGGAAGGUUUUUGAGAUGAAUCCAGAAAAGGGGCUGACUUCGUGGAAUUCCAUGAUUAACUCUUUGGCACUCCAUGGGCAGAGUGACAGAGCAAUUGCUGUUUUUGGGGAAAUGGUGGAGCAUGGUGGUAAUGUGAGACCGGAUGAAGUCACCUUUAUUGGUUUGUUAAAUGCUUGCACUCAUGGUGGAUUGGUUGAACAAGGUUAUUGCUAUUUUGAGAUGAUGAUUCGGGAUUAUGGAAUAGAGCCUCGGAUUGAGCACUAUGGGUGUUUGAUAGAUCUUCUCGGUAGAGCAGGAAGAUUUGAUGAGGCAAUGGAAGUUGUCAACGGUAUGAGCAUGGAGCCAGAUGAGGUUGUUUGGGGUUCUUUGCUUAAUGGAUGUAAGGUUCAUGGCCGUACAGAUUUGGCAGAAUUUGCAGCCAAAAAACUGAUUGAAAUUGAUCCACAUAAUGGUGGUUAUGGUAUAAUGUUGGCUAAUAUAUAUGGGGAGUUAGGGAAGUGGGAUGCAGUUCGGAACGUGUGGAGGACCUUGAAGCAGCAAAAGUCUUAUAAAAUUCCAGGGUGCAGCUGGAUUGAGAUUGAUGACCAGGUUCAUCAGUUCUAUUCUCUUGAUAAAUCUAAUCCAAAGACUGAAGAGAUGUACAGUGUCUUAGAAAGUCUCAUUGGUUUUAGAAAUGAAGUCAUGGUUGAACUGUAGUCCUUGAUCUCAUAACUUGCUAAAUUCACCAUGCUAUAUUUGGAAAGAUUAAACAAAGCGAGGAAGAACUUCAGUAAAUAAAAACCCAACACUUUAUACCAAAGCCAAUGCUGAACUUGCUAAAGAACUAAAUUCUGGUGU